CCAAAAUGGCAGAGAAGUUGUGGCGCCUCCCCACUGCUGGAACUUUCUAGAAACUUGCUCUCUGGGAGUUAUGGGAAGUGUGCCCCGGAUGCCUGUGAGUGAUGCUCCUUGGGAGGCGUCCCACCAGAAGCACCAAUCUGCCUUCGGUAUUGGCAGUACGGCGGACAUAGGCAGAGGAACGCGGAACCUCACACAGCGGAAUCAAAGGAUGCCGGUUUCUCCACUUCAAACGAGUCAGCCAACUCCACCUGGAAAACGUCACACUGUUGGCUCUGUGCUUACAAAUGAUGGCCAGCAAAUGAGGAGUGACAAAGUAAAUCAGGCUGCAAGAAGGCAUCGAAGGAAAAGGAGUCGUUCCAGAAAAUCCAAGAGACGCUAUUAUUCUACGACAAGGCAGGAUGCUAGCGUCACUCACAAUGUCUGUGAAGAAAAGGUUAAAAAUGGCCAACCAACACCCGAUAAUGUCCUUCCAACUGUUCCAUCAGCGCUUAUUAAUAUGACAGCAGCUGGUAUUUCAUCCCUGGGUUUCGGCGAUCAGUAUGCUGCGGUGACUCAUAACGUCCAUGAAGAGAAGAUGAAUAACGGCCAACCAGCACCUCAUACCGUCUUUUCAACUGCUCCACCAGGUCUUGGUAAUUUGGCAGCCCCUAGAAUUUCAUCCACGAGGACCAGAGAUCUGUAUGCUACUGUCACUCAAAAUGUCCAUGAACAGAAGAUGGAAAAUGGCCAACCCCAAACUGAUAAAGUCUUGUCAACUGUUCCACUAUGCCUUGGUCAUAUGACUGCAACUGGUAUUCCAUCCAUGAGUAUCAGGGAUCUGUAUUCUACUGUUACUCAGAAUGUCUGUGAAGAGAGAAUGAAAACUGGUCAGCCCCAACCUGACGCUACCAUCACUCACAGCGUCCAUGAACAGAAGAUGGAAUAUGUCCAACCAGCACCUGACAACGUGUUGUUGACACUUCAGCCAGGACUUAUUAAUAUGGCAGCCACUGGUAUUUCAUCCAUGAGUACCAGGGAUCUGGGUGCUACCAAAACUUAUAAUGUCCUUAAGGAGAAGAUGGAAAAGGGCGAACCCCAACAUGGCAACAUCUCAUCAACUGCUUUAAUAGGACUUACUAAUGUGGCAGGAGCUGCUAUUCCAGCCAUGAGUACUGAUGGUCUGUAUGCCACCGUCAGUCACAAUGUCCAUGAACAGAGGACGGAAAAUGACCAACCGCAACAGGAAAACGUCUGGCCAAAUAUUCUCGCAUGGUUUUUUAAUAUGGCAGGAGCUGGUAUUCCAGCAAUGAGUACCAGGGAUCUGUAUGGUACCAUCUCUCACAAUGUACAUGAAGAGAAGAUGGAAAAUGGCCCAUCCCAAACUGGUUUUACCAUUGCUCAAAGUGUCUGUGAAGAAAAGAUGAAAAGUGACAAAACAACACCUCAUGAAUUCUUGUCAACUAUUACAGCAGGGCUUAGGAAUUUCACAGAAGCAGAUGCUGCAGUCACUCACAAUAUCCCUGAAGCAAAGGUAAAUAACGGCCAACUAGCACCUCACAACAUCUUGUCAGCUACUCCACCAGGUCUUGGUAAUAUGGCGGCAGCUGGAAUUUCAUCCACGAGGACCAGAGGUCUGUGUGCUACCAUCACUCAAAAUGUCCACAAAGAGAAGAUGAGAAAUACGCAACCAACACCUAAUAACGUCUUGUCAACUGUUCUACCAGAACAUUCUUAUUUGGCAACAGCUGGUCUCCCAGCCAUGAGCACCAGGGGUCAGUAUUCUACCAUCACUCACAAUGUCCGUGAGGAGAAGAUUAAAAAUGCCCAAACGGCAGCCAAUAAUGUCUUCUCAGGUAUUCCACCAGCACGUAUUAAUAUGGCAGCAGCUGGUGUUUCUUCUAUGAGUACCAGGGAUCAGUAUGCUGCAGUCACUCACAAAAUCCUUGAAGAGAAGAUAAAUAACGGCCAAUCAGCACCUGAUAACCUCUUGUCAACUGCUCCACCAGGUCUUGGUAAUAUGGCAGCAGCUGGACUUUCUUCUAUGAGGACCAGAGAUCUGUAUGCUACCAGCAUUCAAAAUGUCUGCAAAGAGAAGAUGGAAAAUAACCAACCAACACCUAAUAAUAUCUUGUCAACUGUUCUUCAAGGACUUCCUUAUUUGGCAACAGCUGGUCUCCCAGCCAUGAGCACCAGGGAUCAGUAUGCUGCAGUCACUCACAAUGUCCGUGAAGCCAAGAUAAAUAACGGCCAACUAGCACCUGACAACGUCUUGUCAGCUGCUCCACCAGGUCUUGGUAAUAUGGCAGCAGCUGGAAUUUCAUCCACGUGGACCACAGAUGCUACCAUCACUCAAAAUGUCCGCAAAGAGAAGAUGGAAAAUAACCAACCAACACCUAAUAAUGUCUUGUCAACUGUUCUCCAAGGACUUCCUUAUUUGGCAACAGCUGGUCUCCCAGCCAUGAGCACCAGGGAUCAGUAUUCUACAAUCACUCACAAUGUCUGUGAGGAGAAGAUUAAAAAUGCGCAAACGGCACCCAGUAAGGUUUCCUCAGCUAUUCCACCAGCACAUAUUAAUAUGGCAGCAGCGGGUGUUUCGUCCAUGAGUACCAGGGAUCAGUAUGCUGCGAUCACUCACAACGUCUAUGAAGCAAAGAUAAAUAAUGGCCAACUAGCACCUGAUAGCAUAUUGUCAACUGCUCCACCAGGGCUUGGUAAUAUGGCAGCAGCUGGAAUUUCAUCCACGAGGACCAGAGAUCUAUAUGCUACCGUCACUCAAAAUGUCCGCAAAGAGAAGAUGGAAAAUAACCAACCAACACUUAAUAACGUCUUGUCAACUGUUCUCCAAGGACUUCCUUAUUUGGCAACAGCUGGUCUCCCAGCCAUGAGCACCAGGCAUCAGUAUUCUACCACCACUCACAAUGUCCAUGAGGAGAUGAUUAAAAAUGCCCAAACGGCACCCAAGAAUGUUUUCUCAGCUAUUCCACCAGCACAUAUUAAUAUGGCAGCAGCGGGUGUUUCAUCCAUGAGUACCAGGGAUCAGUAUGCUGCGGUCACUCACAACGUCCGUGAAGCGAUGAUAAAUAACGGCCAACGAGCACUUUACAACAUCUUUUCAACUGCUCCACCAGGUCUUGGUCAUAGGGCAGCAGCUGGAAUUUCAUCCACGAGGACCAGAGAUGCUGCAGUCACUCACAAUAUCCAUGAAGUAAAGAUAAAUAACAUCCAACUAGCAACUGACAACGUGUUGUCAGCUGCUCCACCAGGUCUUGGUAAUAUGGCAGCAGCUGGAAUUUCAUCCAGGAGGACCGGAGAUGCUACCAUCACUCAAAAUGUCCACAAAGAGAACAUGGAAAACAAGCAACCAACACCUAAUAACGUCUUGUCAACUGUUCUCCAAGGACCUCCUUAUUUGGCAACAGCUGGUCUCCCAGCCAUGAGAACCAGGGAUCAGUAUGCUACCGUCACUCACAGUGUCCAUGAGGGAAAGAUUAAAAAUGCUGAAGGAGCACCUAAUAAAGUCUUCCCAACUGUUUCCCCUACACAUAUUAAUAUGGCAGCAGCUCGUGUUUCAUCCAUGAGUACCAGGGAUCAGUAUGCUGCAGUUACUCACAAUGUCCGUAAAGAGAAGGUAAAUAAUGGCCAACCAGCAACUGAUAACAUCUUGUCAACUGCUCCACCAGGUCUUGGUAAUAUGGCAGCAGCUGGAAUUUCAUCCACGAGGACCAGAGAUCUGUAUGCUACCGUCCUUCAAAGUGUCCGUGAAGAGGAGCUGGAAAAUAAGCAACCAACAUCUAAUAACGACUUGUUGACUGUUCUACAAACACUUACAUUUUUGGCCACAGCUGGUCUCCCAGCCAUGAGCACCAGGGAUCAGUAUUCUACCAUCACUCACAACGUCCAUGGGGAGAUGAUUAAAAAUGCUGAAGCAGAACCCAAUAAUAUCUUCUCAACUAUUCCCCCAGCACUUAUUAAUAUGGGAGCAACUGGUUUUUCAUCCAUGAGUACCAGUGAUCAGUAUGCUGCAGUCACGCACAGCGUCCGUGAAGAGAAGAGAAGUAACAGCCAACCGGUACCUGAUAACGUCUUGUCAACUGCUCCACCAGGGCUUGGUAAUAUGGCAGCAGCUGGAAUUUCAUCCAGGAGGACCAGAGAUCUGUAUGCUGCAGUCACUCACAAUGUCCAUGGAGAGAAGAUGAACAAUGGUCAAAGAGCACCUGAGAACUUCUUGUCAUCCAUUACACCAGGGCUUAUUAAUGUAUCAGGAGCUGGUACUCCACCCAUGAGUACCAGGGCUCAGUAUGCUUCCAUCACUCACAAUGUCCAUGAAGAGAAGAUAAAAAACGGCCAACCAGCAACUCAAAACUUCUUGUCAACUCUUCCAUCAGGACUUACUAAUAUGACAGGGGCUAGCAUCCUAGCCAUGAGUACCAGGGAUCUGUAUGCCACCAUCUCUCACAAUGUCCAUGAGAAGAAGACGAAUAAUGGCCAACAAGCACCUGAUAACUCCUCAUCAGCGGUUCCACCAGGGCGUAGUAAUCUGUCAGGAGCUGGUGCUUCAUCCAGGAGUAGCAGGGAUCUGUGUGAUUCACCAGUCACAGCAAGGUCUCCGGUGGAAACUGUGCCAAAUACAGCACGAAUAUCUCCUGCUAUGGCAAAGAAAGUUAAUGAUGAUAUAAAACAUCAAUUGAUGAAAGAAGUUCGAAGGUGUGGGCGAAAAUUUUCAUUUUGCUUGAUGAAGUACAAGGAUCUAUGGAAGUCAAGAAACAACUUGUUAAAUUUGCCAUUAAGGAAGCAGCAAGGCUUAAAAAUUUUGCCUUAAUUCAGCAACUCAAGAAGGUGCUAAAAGAGUAGAUUCCCACUGCCAUCUCAGCAAAGUUAAGCACAUGAGAAAAAAUAAUUGUGUUAAUGCAAAUACCAAGGAGAAACAAGGAUAUGUGCUGUAAAGUGGAGUAGGUCAUUGCUGAAGCUUCCUGUAAUUUUGAAGUGAAGAAAAUUCCCUUCCUGAAGCUAAGAAAAGA